AGACUCCAUAAAAGAACGAGUUCAAGAGGUGUGGCUAUUAAAUAAAGCAUAAAAGAGAAAAGAGAGUGGGCUCAUUUAAACUGAGCCAGCAUUAGUCUCAUAGUCACAUCUUGUAGAUCAAGCACCAGUGGGGUCAUGUUUGUUUGUUAAAGAAGAGAAGAUAAAAUUUUCUGUUCUUGGACAUGGAUGAUUUUGUUCGUAAGAAAUUAACUGAAUGGGGUCUCAGGCAGUGGAUAGAGAAAUUUGAAGAUGAAGGCAUUGACACAGAAGCUCUUUACUGUCUUAAUGAUCAAGAUAUUGAUAACUUGAUCCCAAAAGUGGGACCAAGGGCAAAACUCAGGAAGAUGCUUGAGUUAUUGAAGGAAGAACAAAACUCAACAAAUCAGGAAACUGAAGUUGAUUUGAGUGCUGAUGAAGAUGAAGAAGCAGCUGAUUGUACUCAGGAAGAUGAAGAAGCAGCAGAUUGUAUUCAGGUUUUGCCACCCACGAAUGAUGCCAAUGAUAAAGCAAAGAGAAGGUUGGAUCUUCAGGGCGAGCCCAGCAAACAGCAGUCACCAGCUGGUAAACGACGAUGUGACAAGCCUAUAUCAUCAUACAAAGAAAAAUUCAUUUUGGCUGAUGUGAACAAAAUAAUGAAAUAUGUCGAUGUGAAAAUACAACAUGAAGACAACACAAAGUUUAAUGCUUUUCUGAAGACUAAGAUCUGUGAUUUGGAGACAGACAAGCGGGAGGUGGUCGGUGUCUUUGGUAAAACCGGGGCUGGAAAGAGCUCUUUGAUAAAUGCCGUCAUUGAAGAAAAAAAUCUUUUGCCCUCUGGAAGUAUCAGUGCCUGUACCUCAGUCAUGAUUAAGUUGGAGUCUAACAUGCGGACCUCAAAAUAUGAGGCAGACAUUGAGUUCAUUACAGAAGAGGAGUGGAAAGAUGAGCUGUGGUCCUUGUAUCACAUUCUUAAGGACAAUGCAAAUCAGGAAAAGAACGAUGAUGAUUAUAAGGACGCUGUUGAUAAGCUGUCAGCGCUGUAUGGAGAAGAAUGGAAAAACAUAUCUUUUGAAACUCUCAUGGACUACAGACAUUUUAGAGAAAUUCCAGAAUUUCUCCAAUCCAAGAGGAAGAUUUUGACAUGUGAAACAGCUGCAGAGCUAUCUGCAAAAUUUGUCAAAUACACAAGAAAUGACUCAAGAGAAGACACGAGGAGGUGGUACUGGCCACUAGUCAAAUGUGUGACUGUCAGGGUCCCCAGUAACCAUCUUCUCCAGCAUGUGACACUUGUGGACCUUCCUGGAAAUGGGGACUGUAACAGGAGCAGAGAUAGAAUGUGGAAAGAGAUUGUUGGAAGUUGUUCUACCGUGUGGAUUGUGACCGACAUUAAUCGGGCAGCAGCAGAGACAGAACCUUGGGAGAUCCUGCAAAACGCCAGUAGCCUCAUGGGAAAUGGUGGCGAGUGUCAGCGCAUUCACUUCAUCUGCACCAAGUCUGAUCUUGCUGCAGACUUAGAUGAUGAUUCAGCUGCUGCUGUUCGUGCUUCCAUUUUUAAAAGAAACAUGGACGCCAAGGAACAAGUGAUCAGAGAAUUCAAGAAACGAAGCGAGAUCACGAAACACUUCAGUGGUGACUGUUUCAGAGUGUUCACAGUGAGCUCCAAAGAGUUUCUGAAACCAAAACGUCUACAGCCAGAUGAAACUGAAAUACCCAGACUUCAGGAAUUUCUGCAAAAUCUCAACGACUGUCACUCAGAGACAUUAAAUUAUGUGUCUGGAGCUCAUGGGAUUCUCUCUCUGAUUCAAGGGGCAAGAUGCAGGGAAGUGGCUGGCCAAAAAGCAGAUGUGUGCGCAGCACUCGAAGAAAACUUGAGGCGUGAACUUGAUAAAGUCAGAAAAGCCAUAGAAGAAGCUUACGAAGCUUUUGAAAGACGCCUUGUCGAGGGAGUUGAAAAAUCUAAAAGUUCAUGUGAAAACAGCUUGAAGUCCGUCUUGUAUGGUUCAAGGGCACGAGAUAGAGGUUUUCACAGGACAUUGAAGUGUGUAGUUGCGAACAGUGGCAGCUACAAAACACAAAAAAGGAGACAAAUAAACCUCAAUGAGAAGUUGAGUUCGUGCCUGUCUGCCAGCAUUGAUGAAGAAUUCAGGAACACCUUCCCAAACGAAGGAAAAUGUGGACCAUUCAAGGGAGUCAUCAAAACAUUUUCACUUGACACAGAGAGGCUGAUUCAAAAGUACAAAGAUGUGGAACUGCAACUGAUUUUUCUCAAGACAGAGGAGGAAAAAAUUAAGACAAAAGUCAACAAAAACAUCCGGGAGCGUAAGAAAAUAAUCUACCACAGUCUGUCGUCGAAAAUUCAGGAACUCAUGCAAGAAUGCUAUGACGAAGCAGCUAAAUUUAGAGGAACAGACACACUGAAAAACAUGAGGCAAACUAUUGAGAAGCAUGUACAUGAGUCAAAGAACACCAUGUUUGAAGUGGCAAAAAAUGUCAUGUUGGACAAACUGAACAAGCUGAAGGGGCGUAUCCUAGAGGAACUGGAGAAAACCCUGAAGCAAUCAAUUGAGCUGUCACUCAAGACAGAUGAUUACUCAAUCCCAGACUUUUCAGCAGAGCUUGACAUGGUGAAGAGACACUAUGAUGAACUGAAGCUCAGCUCAGAUGGAGAAAUGUCAUUAACUGGCACUGAUCAACCCGGUCCAUCAUCUGCACUGUGACAGAGAGACCAGAAAAGUGGACCUUGAUAAUAGAUUCUGAAGGCCAUGUUAUAGGCCUGGUAAGACCAGAAAAGGGAAGAAGUCCAAGAACACCAUCGAGAGAAAAACAGUAAAAGCAGCUGGAGGGACAAGAGAAUAACAACAAUAAUUUUUGCAUAAGGCUUUGUGUUUUUUAUAAUAUAACAGUUUUAUUCAGUACAUUUACAUGUAUUUCUGUCCAUG